GUGUCGCAAAAGUGUCGCGAAGACAACAACACGGAAAACGGCGCGUCCGUUUGAAAGCGUCAACAAACAGUUAGCAACGCUUCGAUUAACAUGAUGAGUGAUUGAUUUAUUUUAUUAGAGUAUGCUCAUUAGAUUGUAUGUAAUAGUGAUAUUUAUUUGAGACACUCCUCCUGAAUAAACUGGCCGCUGGUCCUUUACGGGUGGGUUUUAUCCUCUCAGGAUCCCGGGCCGCUGUGCGCAUCAGAUGAGUGAUGUCCUCCAGAGAUGGUGAGAGAGUGCUCCUGCUGCAGGAGGAAGUCAAGAGUCUGAGUCAGGAGCUCGCUCAGUGUCAGGCAGAUAAGGAGUUUGUGUGGUCGCUAUGGAAACGGCUCCAGGCAGCGAAUCCGGACCUGACACAGGCCGUGAGUUUAGUGGUGGAGCGUGAGAAACAGAAAGCGGAAGCUAAAGAUCGGAAAGUUCUGGAAAUCCUACAGGCUAAAGAUUACAAGAUCCAGGAGCUAGAGAAGGAAGUGACGUCACAGCGGCAGGAAGUGAGCAGACUCUUGCAGCAGCAGCGUGUUGGUGAAGAGGAGCGCCAUGUGAUGAAGAAGGAGCUGGUAGAACUUCAACACACACUGAGAGAUACGACACAACGCCUACAGGAGUGUGAUGAUGGGUGGAGGAGGAGGUUGGAGGAGCAGAGCAGGAAGCAGGAAGAGACUAACAACACCAGGUUCAAGGAGUAUGAUGAUGGGUGGAGGAGGAAGUUGGACGAGCAGCAAGAGCAGAGCAGGAAGCAGGAGGAGAUGAAUAACACACGGCUGAGGGAGGUGCAGGAGGAGCUGGUGAAGGUUCAGGCUGUCAGCUCGUCACUCUCUGUUCAGCUCGAUUCAGUUCAGCAAAAGCUCAGCGAGAGAGAGCAUCAGCUCCAGCAGCUCAGGCGUGAGCUACAGGAUCUUCAGGCUCUGUAUGCACAGAGUGUGGCUCAUGCAGGAGAGCAAGCUGAAAUCAUCCAGCAGCUGGAAGGUCUCAACAUGGACACACAGCAGAUCCUGCAGAGCCAAGAGAGAGUACACACCACACACACUGCCUCGUACCACAAGCUGUACAGUGAGCUGAGUGUGUCCUAUCAGGCUCUCCGUCUCAGUGAGGAGCAGCUGCGGCAGAGAGAAGCCUCUCUCACUGAACAGCUUUGUCAGAAGGAACAGCAGGUCUCUGAACUUCAGGUCCAACUUCAGCAGCUUGUAACAUCCCCUAAGCAGAACACGGAGCAGAAGUGUGUGGAGGCUGCAGAGAGUCAAGAGUGUGUGUCUCAUCCUCCAUCCUCUGAUACUCAGAGCUGUGGAACACACACACAGCAGUGUUCAGGGUCUGUGUCUCCAAGCAAUAUUCAAGCAGCUGAGAAGAAAAUCCAGCAGUUGGAGCAGUUACUCACUCUCAAGACGGCAGAGAACGAGGAGUUAAGGCGAGCUCAUGCAAAGCGUCACGAUCGUCUGCGUCUGAUUCAGACCAACUACAGAGUGGUGAAGGAGCAGCUGAAGGAGGUGGAGGACACACAGGGCCUGCCAAAAGGCAGGAUGAGGCGACCUGAGGCGUGGGAGCUCCGUCAGGAGAACAGCGAUGCCGUUUGGAGCGAGUUGGCCUUCUUUAAACGCGAGAACAAGAAGCUUCUUGCUGAGAAAGCUCAGCUGGAGGAGGAUUUGGAUGUGGCUCGUGUUCGAGUGGCCAUGGAGCGAGCUACAGCGCAGGAGCUACGUCUGCGUCUGCAUGAGGAACAGCAAGAGCUGCAGCUGGAUGAUGAUGAUGUGGACAGAGUGAGCAGCACCCCACUACCUCCUAUACACAGACUACAACAGUCUGUUAGAAAGAUUGAAGUGUUAGAAAGGAAGAUGGUGUGUCUGGAGAGAGAGACAUUGAAGCUGCGAGAGGACAAGCAGGCCCUACAGGACGCUAACGAUCUCCUGCGUAGCAAGCGAACUGAGUUCCAGGCGGCACUGCAGCAGGCCCGUGUGCGUGAGGAAGCGGCCCAGGUUCGGUCAAGCGCUGAGAGGGACAGGCUGCUCGGCGAGGCCCAGGCUCUACAGGCCCAGCUGGAGAAAUCACGCAGAACAGAGACAGCAGCUCGGACAGCAUUACUGAAGAUCAGGCAGGAAGUGGGAGUGCUGAGGGCUGAGAGAGACUUCCACAGGAACAAGACACGGCGAGGACGUGGGAGACACACCACAACACAAGCCAUCUCUGUGCAGCUGAGGACAUGCAGUCCAACGAAGGACGAGUGGGAGGACAUGAAUCCUGACAGUGACAGUGAGGUUUUCUCUGACAGUCUGGAGAGUCGGCGUGCUGCUCGUCCUCUCCGCCCUGCUGCUCAGCCAAAGGCCUGCACAGCACUCCUUCACCAACACACAGUCAGAGGCACCUCCACUGCAGCCAGGGCUCGCAAUGCAGUGUUGCAGCAGGACACUGAAAUGAGGAAGAGGAGGGUGAUGAUGAAGAGCAGGAGGUGUGUGGUGAUGAAGGGAGCAGGAGUGUGUGAGAAUGCAGUGCUGAGGAGGAGGAGGAGGGUGAUGAAGAGGAGACUUGGGUGUGCUGUGUUCACUCAGAGGCUCGCCUGUCUCCAGCAGCAGGUUGCAGUUCUGCAGGCGGCCAGCAGGGCAGCGCACGACGAGCAACUCAAAUACCAGCGCGCGCACACUGAACUGCAGACACUGACACACACACUGCAGAAGCAGUCGUGUGAGUUGGCAAUAGUACAGCAGCAGAAGGCUGUGUUGGAGAUGGAGUUAGAGCAGUGGAGGAAGUCCCGCCCCCCUGAAGCACAACAACAGGCGUCUGUCACUGUGUCUGCCCUCAACCCCGACCUCCCGAACAUCAAAACACUGGAGACUGAAAUCAAACAGCUGAACAACAGACUGAAGAGCUCGAGUGCCGAGGUGAGCCGUCAGAGUGCUUUAAUUAAAGGCCUCAGGACAGAGCUGCAUGACAGAGACCAACGACUUAAGGAGCUACAGGACAAGGUGUGUCACUGUGAGAGGGAUGUGGUGAUGAAGAGACAGUUGGUGGAGGAUCUGCGCAGUCGGCUGAAGAUCCUGCAGGAUUCAGAGCGCAGCCAUCGCUCACACGUCGACGAGCUGGAGAGAAAGGUAUGUACACACACACACACACACACACUCGUGUACAGGUGGUUGAGAGAGCAGUGUGUGUUUCAUGUUGUGUAUCAGGUAAAGAGUCAGUGUGAGGAGGCGUCCAACAGGAAGUCAUUUAUCGAGUCUCUGAAGAGGAGGCUGAGCGUCGCUACUCACAACAAACAGCAGUGUGACAACGCCAACAACACACUGCAGCACCGGCUACACACUACAGAGCAAAAGCUAACAGCACUGCAGGCUCGGUUGGUGGAGUGUGAGAGGUCAAAGGUCGAGCUGGAGCAGACGGCAACAGCACAGAUGCAGCUUCUGACCAAUCAGAGCACAGAGACGAUACACACACUGCAGAACAAACUCUCAGUGGCACAGAGUCAACACCAGCACCUGCGUUCAGUCACACAGGCUCUGGCUGUGGAGAUGGACAGAGAGGCGAGAGAGACCCGAGCUGAGCUGAGAAAAAGGAAGCGAGAGAGUAAGAAGAAGGAGGGAUCAGGAAGAGGAGUGUCUCAGAGCUCCAUGGUGAAAGCUCAGUCCAUCGCUGCAUCGAUCCUCAAUGUCAGCGCUAACGACCUGGCUAGUAUCCUGGACACAGACCAGGAGGAAGAGGGUGAUGAAGAAGCAGAUGGAGUUUGGAUGGAUCACAUACAGCAGCUCCUCCAGCAGCAGAGUGUCUCUGCAGGUGAGGUGUUAGAUGUUUUGUUGGUGAAGAUGAAGGAGAACAGAGCGCUGAUGGAGGAGCUGAUCAUGCUGAGAGCGAGUCACUGAAACUAAGAAGGAAUAAAAGCACAUCUCUCCAUCCUUUAUUUCUUUUUCCUGCCUUCAUUUCCCUGCCUUGAUCUUUUUCUCCGUUCCUUAUUACCUUUUUUCCUCUUUUCUUUUACUCUUUUCAGUCUUUCUCCUUCCAUCCUCUUCUCUGAUUUCCACUCCUUUUCCUUUUCCUAUCCCGUUCAUCAUCUCUCCUUUUGACUUUGUUGUCUUUUCCUCUUGUGUAAAACAUCUCUCUUUUUCUUUCUUCUCCUCAGUUCUUCUUGUUUCUCCUCUUCUGACUUCCUCACCUCUCUCUCUCUUUCUCUCUCUCUCUCCUCUUGAAGGAGGCUGAAGUCUAAGUUCUAAAGUCUGUGGCUGUGUGAUUGGAUACUUUACUCUGUGUGUGUGUGUGUGUGUGUGUGUGUAAAAUGUCAUGUCUGUACAGAUGUAGUGGUGUUUACAUGAUUAGUACCCACAUGAAUUAAACUAAUUUAUGGAGUGUG